AUGUCGCAUAACCAAUUGAAAAAGGAUACUAGUUCAGAUCUCUGUUCUGAAAAUGAAGAAAACCAUCACCUGCACAACACUGCAACUGAACCAUUGCCUUGGUAUGAAUCUUCAGAAGAAUCUGGUGAACUGAAAAACCACGGGGCUACCUACACUGGCCUUAGAAAGCAAUGCCUGAUCUGGAAUGGGUCAGAGCAAACUGACAAAUCAGCUCAGCGGCGCAUGCUCUUCAAAUUGGUCGCAUUGUUCGAAAGCAUUGAUGGCUGCGAAAUGCGUAACUCGACUACAAGGAAUGGAUCUUGA